GGUUGUUGCUGUCCUAAGAGUCGAGCGGCGCUGAAACUUGACAUGGUUCUCUCUCGUCCCUCCUUGUUAUUCGUCUGUUUUGCCGUUCUCCUUGUAAAAUGUUUGGCUGACGAAGAUGACGUCAAUACGAAUGCCAACACUGUUACAAUUCGUGGUAAUGAUACUUCAGUCAGAAUAGAAGGCAACACAGGAAAAAUUAAGGCAGUUCAUUUUGACAAGGAUGACGACGACGAGGAAUUGGAGGAUGAGGACUUCGACGACGACGAAGAGAUGCUAACAUUUCAAGUUGACUCAUUGGAAGAAAAAGAUUCGAAUGGAAAUGUGGUGGGUCUCACCGGUCCUACACAGAGGAAACAUGCAUUGACCUCCUUGGUGAAUCAAAUUCAAAAGUUCAGCUUCUCGCCGUUGAACAACUCUACAACUUUUCAAGGACUCCCUGUCAAACGUAUUAACUUGUCUGUUUCUCUGGCUGGUCCUCAAGCAAACCUCGAAAUUCAGGUGUUACUAUUUCUGAAGUCAGGAAAAAUCGAAUUUGGCAACGAGACAUUUAAUGUUCGAAGUGGAACUUUCAAAUUUAACAUCAAGGUUAGUGACUGGAAAUUUUGCGGCACGAAUUCUGAAGUCUGCAAAAAUAGCGCUACGGGCGCGAACGAAACAGGUCAGUUCCUUGAUAUUGGAAUGAGCAUUGGAAGCGUAGCAGAGGAGCCCGAAGAAGUAGAAGACGGUGAGAUACCAGGGGAGGAUAUUUGUGUUCCUGAAGAACCCGAUGAGGAACACGAGUGUCCUAGAAUAUUCAACAUGGGUGGAAACUCAGAGAUGAUGCUCAACAAAGGGGCUUUAACAGGAAACAACGAAUACGUGCUAUUUCCAACAGGUUUUCCAAAGUUCGAACGAAAAGGAUUAAUGAAGACGUUCGUGUUCCGCGUUCCCAGGUUCAACAACACUGUACUCAUCGAUCCUAGCGUCAAUGUUGGCACAAUGAAGAAGGGUGGUGGUAAAUCAGGUGCAGGGUACAACGCAGCCCAAUCUCCUCUUUUCUUCUGUUUUGUUUUGUUGCUGUGUAAACUUGUGACUCAGUAAUUACGAAAGAGGAAAAACUGUUGGAGGUUGUGGAAGCUGGUAGUAAUACUUAGAUAAAGAUUUGCUUUUACUUACUUGUGACUCAGUAAUUACGAAAGAGGAAAAACUGUUGGAGGUUGUGGAAGCUGGUAGUAAUACUUAGAUAAAGAUUUGCUUUAUUUGCUAUACUUACUUACUUUACUUACUAUACUUACUUGUGACUCAGUAAUUACGAAAGAGGAAAAACUGUUGGAGAUUGUGGAAGCUGGUAGUAAUACUUAGAUAAAGAUUUGCUUUAUUUGCUAUAUUGUAAAGAAAAUGUCUUUGAACCUAGGAAUAACAGUCGAUCUUAAUUUACGCUCGUCUUGCUCAGGGUAGUUUGAAAACUGUUUUCGGUGGAAAAGACAGAUGUUUCGACAAUAUGGGUGAGAGGUUUUGGUCAGUUGCAAAUUGAAUGUUUGGAACCUUGGCUAGCUAACCUUUGUGGCGUUCACUCUGGUCUCCAGUCCUUUUCAGGACUACCCUUUCCUAGACGAUCACAACGCUUGUUAUAAUUUGCUAGGAAUUCCGAUACACACCUCUAAUAGGAAUGCUCAAUACGUACUCCACAGUGCAAGGUAAAUUGCUCGAGCAUGGGUGAUAUUCAGAAUUUUUAUUAUGAUAAAGAGUGAGUUUGAAAAUUCUCUCAAAGAUUCAAGCUUUAAGCUGGCCAAUAAGCUAGUAAGCUCUCCGCAGUGCCCCUCGAGGCGGCGUCCUUAGCUGUUAGAGAAUUUUUUUUAUAUUACAAAUUAUACUAAUGUGAAUGAUCAUGAGAAUUAACAGAUGUCUAGCUAACCGCUUGUUGGGCGAGUAAGAUGUAUCAUUUUUAACUUAAACUUUUUUCAAGUAAAACCAGCCUAUUUUAACUCUUGCUGGAGGUUGGAAACUAACUAGUUAAACAUUCUCAAUAAAGGUUGCUUUCCAGUGUAAAAAAUCUCCAAUCAUAUUUUAGGGGAAAGCUUAUUGAAUAGUUAAUUUUGGAUACGUAUCAAGUAUACUCUUUUAUUUCUCCAAUUUAGUUUAGUCUAGAGUACACAUAAAUUACUUUUUCCUAAAACGGACAAGGAAACUUAGAUUAGUAUCAAAUAAAGUUCUGGUUGCAGGCGACCAAUAAAGUUGAGUUACGUUGAGAAUUUA